UCCAGAAUAUGCCCUCAGGACGGCAGCACUAUGACCUUGAACCUGAACUCGUCCAGCUCUUCCCCCUCUGUAGACCCCAGUAUGUACCUGAACAACAGCUCCCCGGGGUUGAGGGUCUACGCAGACAACGCCAUCCUGGGCCUGGGCCUUGUGCUGGACAACGACUCCAUUACCAACCUGACCAGCCUGUCCAACGCCUCCCUCCUUGACCCCACGGUGACCUAUGACCCUCUGGGAGGUCACACCAUCUGGCAGGUCAUCCUGAUCGUGUUCCUCACCGGGUCUCUGUCUCUGGUCACCGUCGUAGGAAACAUCCUGGUGCUCAUCUCCUUCAAGGUGAACAAGCAGCUGAAGACGGUGAAUAACUACUAUCUCCUCAGUCUGGCCUUCGCUGACCUCAUCAUCGGAACUCUUUCCAUGAACCUCUACACUACCUACAUUAUCAUGGACCAAUGGGCUUUAGGGAACUGGGCGUGCGACCUGUGGUUGGCUAUCGACUACGUGGCGAGCAAUGCCUCCGUCAUGAACCUGCUGGUGAUCAGCUUUGACCGCUACUUCUCCAUAACUCGACCUCUGACUUACCGGGCCAAGAGGACCACCAAGAGAGCUCUGACUAUGAUCAGCAUGGCCUGGUCCGUGUCCUUCGUCCUGUGGGCCCCGGCUAUACUCUUCUGGCAGUAUAUCGUAGGGGAGCGCACUGUGCCUCGUGGAGAAUGCUUUAUCCAGUUUCUCUCAGAGCCUAUUAUCACAUUCUGCACGGCCAUCGCUGCCUUCUACCUGCCGGUCACCAUCAUGACGGUUCUCUACUGGAGGAUCUACAGAGAGACAGAGAACAGGCAGAAGGACCUGGCGGGGUUGAGGGGGUCGGGGGCAGGGAACAAGGCGGGCCAGGGGGGUAGCCAGAAGGAUGAGGAGGAAAAGAAGGAGGAGGCCCAGGAAGAGGAGGCUCCCAUGGUGCCCAAAACAGGAAGCUCCAGGAGCUGCAGCAGUUACGAGCUUAACCAGGCCGGUCAGAAAGACUCUGGAGCCAAGAAGACCAGAGGGCGCUUCCGGUUCUGGCCGCGGAGUAGGUGGUCCAAGAAGAAGACAAUCACAGUGGGAGGAGAGCCGGAACACAGCAGCUCCGAUAGCUGGAACAACAACGAUGGGGGUGGGGCCUCCAUGGACCAAUCAGACUCUGAGGACGAGGAGGUGGCGACGGAGUCAAGCCGAGCUAUCUAUUCCAUCGUGGUCAACCUGCCGGGGAUAAACUCCGCCCCUGGUAACAACCCUAACAAUGACCCCCAGCUGACAUCUCCUGAGGACCAGGAUGCUACGAAGGACCCUCUCCGGCCACAAGGGUGCGAUAAUAAGGACAAGAAGACAUCCUCUAAUACCAGAAGGGAGAAAGACAAGGAAGACAACAGCUACCACCAACGCUCCUUCUCUAAAACCCCCGUCACUUCCUCGUCUUCCAUCCAGACCUCCACCAAGAGCCACCAAACAGGGGAUGUGUCGUCCACCUCCAAGUCCCCCUCCUCGGCCCCCAUCUCCUUGAAGGAUGCAGCCAUGGCCAAGCGCUUCGCCUCCAAAGCCAAGACCCAGAUCACCAAGCGUAAGAAGCAGAGUGUAGUCAAGGAGAAGAAAGAGAAGAAGGCCGCCCAGACUCUCAGUGCCAUCCUGUUGGCUUUCAUCAUAACCUGGACUCCCUAUAACAUUAUGGUGUUGGUCAACACCUUCUGCACUGGCUGCAUCCCUGAGGCUCUGUGGGCUCUGGGCUAUUGGCUGUGUUACGUCAACAGUACCAUCAACCCCAUGUGUUACGCCAUGUGCAACCUCACCUUCAGGAACACCUUCAAGAUGAUUCUGCUCUGCCGUUGGCAGGACAUCAACAAACGCAACAGGCCUCAGUUCCAGCAGAGGCAGACGGUCGCCUUCCGCAAGAAGGAGCCCUUGUAGGUGUCAUCUACCGGGGCCCUGGGUCAGC